ACAGGUUGCUGUUGAAGUUGGUGCAGAUGACACGUCAGCUGGCUAGAAAGCAGCUACAAACUGCCCCACCUGCUAGAAUACGAGUGUCAUAAAUCAGUGUGCUGCAUUUAAACAUACCUUCCAUACUGUCACUCAAUUACAGGCGCGCGGAUUUACAGAGUCACGCAUGUCGGCACUGUAGCAUCAUGCAUGUUGAGAUUGAGACUUACAGACUCAUUAAAUCCGGACCCAGUCGAACCAGCCCAGGGAAGAUGAGUUACCGCGGGUGAAAGAGUUUACCGGACCGGUGUUUGACAUGUCGUCCCCAUCGCCGGUGCAGAUCAGAGAGGCGAACGCGCAUCUGGCUGCGCUGCACAGGCGGGUCACAGACAUGGAGCAGAGGCUGCAGGACGCGGAGAAGACCGUGCGGGAGCAGGCGGAGAGUCUCAUCCGCAAAGAUGAGCAACUGAGAGCCGCCACGCAAGAAAUCACAGAGGCCAAAGACAAAGAGAUUUCCUUUCUCCAUGAGAAGCUUUGUCAAUCAGAGGAAUCAAUCCAUAAACUAAACCAAACCAUUAAGGAAAAAGAUUCCCUAAUCGGACAGUUGCAACAUCGAUGUCAGCUGCUGGACAACAUCUGCAAAAGCCGUCCAUUACUGGACAGCAUGCUGACUCAGAUGGCUGAAGCAGAGAGAAUGGGGCCUGUCAGUGACUUGGGGAAGCCCACAGCAAACAGCUCUCUCAUGGACGGAGAGUCCAACUGCAGCCCCAGUCGCCUCUCCAAUCACAAAGAAUUUUCACUCAGUGAGGACGACUCUGAUGAUCAGGAAUUAGAUGGGGUUGUGUUUGGGACCACAGUUUGAAAGUCACAACUGAACUGGUCCUUGUCUCAGGUUUAGUGGCCUGUGUUUUGUUGAUGGUUACAACUAAUUCAGUGUCUCGAGACACCAUUUGGUAAUAUAUCCAUUUUAGAGUAAUACAAGUUACAGCGGUGUGGAUGUGAAUGGAACUUUAGUGUGCAAAGAGAACGCCUAUACUCUGGCUGAGCCUGCAGCAUAUUUUAGGUUUGCACCUUACACAGUGUUUUUAUUUUAAUUGUAUUUUUUGUUUUUUUACUUUAAAUUACCAGUUUACAGAUCUGUAGUUUCAGCCCAAAAUAUUUUUUUUUAUAUAGUUAACUUGAUUUACUUUAAGUUUUUAAACUUGCAUAUUUUGCUGAUUUUUAUAUCUUACCGAUGUCAGAAAAAAAAGAAAAGUUUUUAAAAUUAACAUCCAGUUUAAGUAAUGGCGAUUUAUUGUUACAUGCAGUCUGCAGUGGUAUAUUGUGAUAGUGGAAGUUUAAUGUUUGAGACAUUAAACUAUAGUAAUAAUGGAAAAAUAAUUUGUAAACAAUAGCUGUUUUGGACAAUGAUCCCUGUUUGGAUCACUUCAAAGUCAUGUACUUUUCAAUUUUGGUCUAUUUAUUUAGCCGUUUUGUUUGAGCUUCGCGAUACCUAAUGACCAAUUUUAACAGUCAUCGAUGAUGUACCAUAAAUCACAGCUUACAAGUUAUGCAUGUUGGUUAAACUCUAUUCUAUCAUGUGUGUGAUUGUUGACCUCAUCUGCUGUUCUGGUCAUAGAGCUGGUUAUAAUUGCAUCAAGUGUCACCUGUUGCAUACACCCCAUUUAUUAUUAUGCUUUGGUAACUGAGCAGCUAGACAUUGUUUUACAUCAUAAGACACAUCUGGCAAUUGAAGUACAAUGCAUACAGUAUUGUGAAAAAGUUUUAGGCACUUGUGAAAAAUGUUGCAUAGUGAGGAUGUUUCAAAAAUAAUUACAUAAAUAGUUUUCAUUUAUCACUUAAUGUCAUACAAAGUCCAGUAAACAUAAAAAAGCUAAAUCAGGUUACAUCAUAUUUAAUGAUCUGGGGAAAAUCAAAAGUAACACUGCUGAAUCAUCAGAGCAGUCCAUGAAAUAGGAGUUCUUGAGAUGUCCUACCACCACUGUGCCCUUGAGCAAGCACUGAACCUCAUGACUGCUGAAGUGUGACAUCAGAGUAGUGGUGUAAACUACAACUGCAUAUAAUUAAGUGAUCUAUGCAGUUAAGUUGUUCUCUGAAAACCCUCUUAAUAAAACAGUUAUUGCAAAAAUAGUGCUCCAACAGAUAAACAGGUAGCAAUUUCCAACAAAGCUCAAGCUACUGCUAAUAAAAUUACAGGUCCAGGGUUGAGAAGAGAGUCUAAAAGCUUUUGCUUUUAUUUUAAUUAUUUUGGUCAAUAGCUAUGUAGCUGUUUGUGUACAGGGAAUGGUGAAUAAACCAUGUUACAUAGGUGUAUAACAAUGGUCCCUAUAUUUGCUAUCAGUUCAAUUUUACUGAUAAUAAUGUGAUGCUAAUACGGUACAUAUAGAUAUGAAUCUUUCUCAAAGUUCAUUUUGUUUGUUGUUGUAUAAUUUGGCUUAGCAAAAAGGUCUAUGCAAGUCUGUUGUAUUUUGCCAUAUUUAUUAUAUUGAGUUAAACUGUGUGAUAAUUGCGUAGGCAGCCAUAAUCUAUUGAAUUGGAUUGUACUGUUGAUGGGCAUUUUUCAUGCAAGUUUUCAUGUAAAGAGUGCAAUUUAUCCCAUUGGUGUGAUGGUUACACAAUUUUCAUGUUAGUUUUUACAGUUAAAUGUUGUACUGCAUUACAGCAUGGUACUAGCAUAUUGGGGCAUGUCAUAUCUGUCUUGCUAAUGCCCUGUGUAGUGAGUAUGGUACAUUUUUUCUUUACAGAUAAAAGUAAAACAGUGCCUAAAAGA